CAGCAGAGUCACGUACAUCACGUAGCGGAUGAAUGAAUCGGAAGUGAACGUGUCUUACAGCGACGUGUGAUUCACUUUAACUGCGUAUUACACAAACAUCGUUAACGAGAAAGCAGCAGAGUGAAGGCUGGAGAAAACAUUCGCUGAAAAUACACAUUUAUGCCGAAUUAUGGAAACCUGCGUUCUGUUGUUGGGGCUUUUUCUCACUAGUGUCCACGUGACGACAGCAGGAUCCGCUGCGCACAGGUGUUUCUGCCAGGUCACCGGGACCCUCGAUGAUUGUGCUUGUGAUGUUGAGACCAUCGACAAGUUCAACAACAAGGACAUUUUUCCCAAACUGCAGAAACUACUGUCAUCUGACUACUUCCGGUUUUACAAGGUUAAUCUAAACAACGGCUGCCCAUUCUGGACAGACCACAGCCAGUGUGGACUCAAAUACUGCGCUGUGAAACCUUGCUCUCCGGAUGAAGUACCAGAGGGCCUCAAAUCCAGCAGUUAUAAGUAUUCAGAAAAGGCUAGUCAUGAUACUGAGGAAUGCGAGAAGGCGGAGAAGCUUGGAGCUGUCAAUGGUUCUCUGAGUGAUGAGACACGUCAGGCUCUUCAGGAGUGGAAGAAAUACGACGAUGAAUCUGAUCGCUUCUGCAUGUUGGACGAUGAGGACUCUCCUGAAUCACAGUAUGUUGACCUUCUGCUCAACCCAGAGCGUUUUACUGGUUAUAUAGGAGCCGAGGCCUGGCGGAUCUGGAACAGCAUAUAUGAGGAGAACUGCUUCAAACCAUAUUCAGUUAAUCGGCCUCUAAAUCCUUUGGCAUCAAACAGUGGAGAUGAUGGGCAGGGGUUUUACCGCUGGCUUGAGGGACUGUGUGUGGAAAAACGAGCUUUCUUCAGGCUGAUCUCAGGACUGCACGCCAGUAUUAACAUACACCUGAGCGCCAGAUACCUACUAGAUGAGAAUUGGUUUGAAAUGAAGUGGGGACACAACGUCUCUGAGUUCCAGCAGAGGUUUGAUGAAGAUCUGACCAAAGGCGAGGGCCCAAAGAGGCUUCGUAACCUCUACUUUCUGUACCUCAUUGAGCUGCGGGCUCUGGCCAAAAUCCUCCCUUAUUUCGAGCGCUCAACCUUCCAGCUGUACACCGGCCAGGACACACAAGAUGACCAGAACAAGAAACUGCUGCUAGAGCUCCUCCAUGUGGCCAAGUCUUUUCCAUUGCAUUUUGACGAGACUGCUCUAUUUGCUGGAAAUAACAAGGAAGCCAUGAAACUGAAGGAAGACUUUAAGCUCACCUUCAAGAACAUCUCGCGCAUCAUGGACUGUGUCGAAUGCUUUAAAUGCAGACUUUGGGGAAAACUGCAGACCCAAGGCCUGGGAACAGCACUGAAAAUCCUGUUUUCAGAAAGGCAAAUAGAGGCCAUGCCCAACACAAGCAACACCAAUCCAUCAUUUCAGCUCAGUCGGCAGGAAAUUGUGUCUUUGUUCAACGCUUUCGGAAGAAUCUCCACAAGUGUCAGAGAGUUGAAGAACUUCAGAUCGUUGUUGUCGAAACUCAAACAGUGACUGUAAAAAUGUUUCAGGAGAGAGCCACAGUCCAGACUGACAUGCACAAACACAUGACAUUUCCCAUGUUUGGUUAUAUACAGUAGGUGACUGUAUUCAGAAAGAUGCUUUAUAUGAAUUGUUGUUGAAUUGCACUGCACUAUUAUGCCCUACAUCGAGCACUUAAGCCAAUUUGCAUUAUUAAGUGUCUAAUAUGAAAAUGCAUUUGACAUAUUGAAGAGAUGACUGUAAAAAUAGGCUAAUACGUGAACAUACUUGAACUGGUUUUCAAGAGGAAUAAAGUGUAUUUUGCAGUAAA